GUCUGCCUUCGACUUGAUGAAUUUAAUAGUCGCUGUCUCUCUCUUUCUUCCCGUUAUUCUGCUCUACAAGGAAAAAUCGACAAUUCAAGCGCAUCACACAGUGAAACUCCGCCCUUAGACUCUCUUCGCCCUCUCCAUCACUAUCGCUUUCAGCUCUCCAUCAUGCCUGCAACGACCGCAGAGACACUCUCCCUUGUGAGCAGACAAGUCUCGGUUGCUCCACUAGUUCUCCUAUCAGCUGCAGAUCACUACGGUCGCUCGGCCAAAGGAACUCGAAAACGAGUAGUGGGUGUUCUACUUGGUCAAAACGACGGCAAGAAUGUCCGAGUGUCAAACAGCUUCGCUGUGCCCUUUGAGGAGGACGAGAAAGACCCCUCCGUCUGGUUUCUGGACCAUAACUACGUCGAGUCAAUGCGGGAAAUGUUCAAAAAGGUCAACGCGCGAGAAAAAUUGAUCGGGUGGUACCAUUCCGGCCCCAAGUUGCGAGCCUCUGAUCUCCAGAUCAACGAACUGUUCAAGAAAUACACACCAAAUCCGCUCCUUGUCAUCAUCGAUGUUCAACCGAAGGAAGUUGGCGUACCCACGGACGCAUAUUUUGCAAUUGAAGAGAUCAAGGACGAUGGAACAACAACGACCAAGACAUUUGUGCAUACCCCCUCCAUCAUUGAAGCAGAAGAGGCAGAGGAGAUCGGCGUGGAACAUCUGCUCAGAGACAUUCGCGAUGUCGCAGUCGGCACCCUCUCCUCUCGAAUCACCCAACAGCUGCAGUCUCUCCAAGGUCUCCAUCUACGGUUACGGGACAUCAGCGCCUACCUUGAAAAAGUUCUUGAUGGCGAACUGCCCAUCAACCAUGCCAUCCUCGGCAAUUUGCAAGACAUUUUUAAUCUCCUCCCUAACUUGACCACUCCUCCCGCCUCCCGACCGAAUGGCAAGAACCAAAUCGAGAACAGCGAGCUAGCCCGCGCCAUGAGCAUCAAAACCAAUGAUCAGCUGAUGACCAUCUACCUCAGUUCGCUAGUCCGUGCAAUCACCGCCUUUCAUGACCUCAUUGACAACAAGAACCAGAAUCGACAGCAGCAAGAAGAAAAGUACGCAAAGAAGGAUGAGGCUGAAAAGAAGGAAGGUGAGAAGGAGAAGGACGAGAAAAAGUCGGGCCCUAAUGGGGCGGUAAACGGAGACAAGAAGGACGCCGAAGAGAAUGGCAGCGGAAAGGGAAAGGGCAAGAAGAAGAGCUAGACAACGAGAUAUCCGAGACUUUUCGCAUGGAGCAUGGCGUUUCGAUCGACAUGCUCGGCUUUAGAGCAUGCUUUUGCUGCCGAGCACGAGCAAUGUAUAUUAUCAUGAAGACUUGAGAUCAGUGUUUGGGCGAUUGAGGCGGCUGCGAUCAUCUGUCACCAUGGCGCUGAAGCCGCGGGUUUUCGACAUCAGGAUCCGCCUCUCUGGGAGAGGCAUCAAACACAACAGUGUCUGAUUUCUUCGUCCCGCAAGAUAUGCUCACAACCCGACGCUCCAAUAAAGCCCCGCUUCUCAAGAUGUGCAGUGUCAUCUUCAUACUACUUCUCGUGAAGAACAGACAUAUCGUGUCUCCCUG